AAGCUAAGGGGUAAAAACUCAGAGAAGCAAUUACUCUUUUCUGGUGAGGCUUCUAGAAGAGCAAGAAUAACGACAUGAUUAUGGAGAAAUAUAUUGUGCCUACAACCCUAUAGGGAUUGGUCCCACUGCCUUUCCUCUCACAGCUGUGGCCAGUUCUUGUGUUCAAUGCCAAAAUGAGUGACCGCUAUUUAGAACAAAGGAUUAGUAUCAAAUUUUGUGUGAAAUUGAACAAGUCUGCAAGUGAGACCCACCAUCUUUUAAAAGCAGCUUAUGGGGAUGAAGUCAUGUCGAGGGCCAGGGUUUUUGACUGGCACAAAAGAUUUAAAGAAGGGCGGGAAGAUGUUCGAGAUGAUGCGCAAAGUGGUAGUCCAGUCACCCACCGGACAGAUGAAAAUAUUCGGAAAGUCAAGGACUUGGUUUGUUCAAACAGGCAGUUAACGGUAAGGAUGAUGGCUGAAGAAUUAAAUUUAGAUAAAGAAACUGUAAGACUCAUUCUCAAAGAAAUGAACAUGAGGAAAAUUUCUGCAGAAGUUAUAUCGGGUAUUUUGAAGGAUGAGCCUACUCCUGGAAAACAUGACUUUCAGUCUGAUCUUUCAAAGUAAACUGGGAAAAACUGUUCGUGUGUGAGGAAAAAGGUCUGCACGGUCGAUAAAUUUUCAACGAGCAGUGAUUCUGUUCCUCAUCUUUCAUAGCUUUAUAGGACUUCAGGGAAUGAAAGCAUAACAUCCUGCUUUCCCAUAAGUUCUCUGGCCGCUGCCCUGGCACCAAUUAAAGGCAUGUCUAUGCAAUUAAUCAAAACCAAUUUGGAAGCACUCUGGCGUUGCUCCUCUGAUGUGCUGCCUGCUCUACAUACAGUAGUUCCUCAGCUGCAGCGAUGGAGCCAGGCACAUAGGAGCUUUUGAUGAACUGGAUGUGCUGGCCCCAAGUGUUAACUAUGUCAUCUGACAUGACUAAUGAGGCUCCGGACUUGAUCCUUUUGAGCAGAGCAGCCCUGCUGUCUGGAGGAGGCUCAGUUUCCGCAGCCAGCCUGGGAAGAGGCUGCAACGUGCUGGGUACACACUCCAUCAUGUCAGCUGAACUCCUGGAGGCCUCUAGUGUUGGACCUGAGAGUUGUCCAUAGGGAGGGGAGGGUGAUGGAAACUGUGGGCCAGUGUGAAUGUGACCCAAUUUAAACUUCUAGCUCAGCCUCUUCAUUUUAGAAGUGAAAAUCAAGACCCAGUAAAACUGCGGGGCUUGCCAAAGACCUGAGCUUUAGAGAGAGGAAAUAAAGGAGAAGGAAUGGUCUCUGCCUUGAGAGGCUAAACCUCUAGAUGAACAGGAAAAUGUGACUGUGACAACUGGGUCCUGAUGCAAGUACACCUUGUCAAGCUUAACUGUGGGUUUCCUUCCUUCCCUCUGCAAACUUUUAACAAGAGGAAGGGUUGCAGGUACCCUUGUCACCAUAACAAUCCCAAGAGCAUGGGGUUUGGAGUCAACAGAUCUGGGUUUGAGAUCUGGGCCCUGCUUUGAGCUGAUGUAAUCUUCAGCAAAUCACUUCAUUUUUCCAAGCCUUGGUAUUGGAACAAGCCAAAUACUGCCCACCCAGCCUGCCUUCUAGAGUCCUUGUGAGAUUCAACAGUUAAUGGGUGUGAAAGUGACACUAUCUGAUACAGUACUUGAGGUGGAACAUGGGCAUGUGAAACUGAUCCUCAAAGAUGAGAAUCUGGGAUUGAAAUGUGACCUCAGUGAGCAUGGAUUCAGUGAUGACUUCAUUGUCAGUGGAAAAUGAGAUACUGUGUCAGUGAAGAGCUCCAACCUCAUGGAAGAUGACAAGGAGUAACAGGACUUUAAGUUGGCUUGCCACAGUCCACUGAUGCUGAAAACAGACAACAGGACUCAUUGGGUCAGAAAGACAGCACAGCAAGCAGAAGGCUCAACAGCAUAUUAGAACUGGUUUCCUUGUCUCAAGUCUCACAGCAAUGGUCAAGAUGGCAGCUAUGGGUCAGGUGCACAUGCUUGUAAAUCCUAUCUCUCUGGGAGGCCAAGGUGGAGGGAAUGCUUGAACUCAGAAGUUCAAGACCAGCCUGAGCAAGAGUGAGACACCAUCUCUAAUAAAUAGAAAAAAUUAGCUGGGUAUGGUGGUGGGUGCCUAUAGUCCCAGCUACUUGGGAGGCUAAGGCAAGAGAAUCUCUUGAGCCCAAGAAUUUGAGGUUGCUGUGAACUGUGAUGAUGCCAUGGCACUCUACCCAGGGCAACAGAGUGAGACUUUGUCUCCAAAAAAAAAGAUGGCACUAUGCAUGCAAUGUGGUUGUGCUACUGCUGAGGAAUCCUGGUCCAAAGACUUAGAAACUUUUACAGCAACCAGCCAACAAGCCAGUCUCCUUCUCCUGAGGAGUGAACAGUUGUACACUGAAGUCACCUUGACCUACCUAAUUACCUGUGUGACUUAAUUACAUAUGACUCAGGGUCAAAGAAUUGUUAGUCCUUGCAGUUUUGCACACCCAACAAGAAUGUAUAGGGACACUUGGAACCCCUGGUGGGCUGCAGCUUCCAACAACUAGUAAUCCAUAACGUGCAAAAGUAAAAGAGUUACUUACUGUAUCUCCUGUGAAUAUCUGGAAUGAAAUGUAGAUAAGUUGUAGGUAAGUUGUAGGUAAGACUUACCUAUUGUAGGUAAGUCUCUGGUAGCUCAAAUGGUUGCUGGAGUGGACUAGUAAGGUGAGAAUUGUGACCAAGGAUUUUAAGGUGGAUUGGCAGUUUCUGACUGUGCUGAAGUCUUAUCAAAAGAAAAUUAUAAACUCAAGGUUCAAAACUUGAGGUUCUGUUAUGGUUUUAUUUUUUUUUUAGCCUAUUAUGCCUGCAGAACUAAUAUAAUUGAAAAUCAGUCCCAAACAUUGAUCCUGGUGCAGAAUUACGAUGUUAAUAGAAAUCACAGGUGCCCUACUUUCCUUAUAUGAAAGGGCAUUAAAUAAGAAGAAUGGGACCCUGAGAUUUGGAAUGGAGACAUUUGGUUCAACUCAGACAAACAUGAGAAAUUGGAAUGCCUAAAUCCUCCUGAGCUCCAGUAAAAUACUAAAAAAUGUUUAAGGGUCUCUUUUCUAAUUUCUGGCAGUGUAAUCAAGUUUUGUUUUGUUUUUUUUUUUAUAAAUAAAGUAA